ACUGUUAAAAACCAAAACCAGAGGGAACCUCUCAAAUUCAUUCAGUUCACUCUGGCUGGAAGACUCGUGCGCGGAGAGAGAGGGAGAGAUCUAGAUAGAUAGAGUGAAUCUUGCAGAGAGCGGAGAUCUAGAGAGAGAAUGAGAGAACUGGCGACUUCUCAACUUCCUGACGGCAACGCCGCCGCCGCCGACGGCGGAUUGUCGUCACCUCCACAGGCGCUGCUGGAGAGGCUCAAGGACUACGGCCAAGAAGAUGCUUUUGCCCUCUGGGACGAGCUCUCUCCCGAGCACCGCCUCCUUCUCGUCAAGGACAUAGAGAGCUUAGAUCUUCCGAGGAUCGAUAGGAUCAUACGAUGCUCAUUCAAAUCCCAAGGGCUUCCGGUGGCGGCGAUUGAGCCAGUUCCAGAGAGCAGUGUGUCGACAGUUGAGGAGAGAACACUUGAGGAUAGAGAAAAAUGGUGGAAGAUGGGCUUGAAGGCUAUAUCAGAUGGAAAGCUAGCUGUGCUGCUUCUGUCUGGUGGGCAGGGAACUCGUCUGGGGAGUUCAGAUCCAAAAGGAUGUUUUAAUAUUGGGCUUCCAUCUGGGAAGUCACUUUUUCAACUCCAAGCUGAGCGAAUUUCAUGUGUGCAAAGAUUAGCAGCCCAAUCUGUAAAUGAGGACUCCAAAGGUUCUACCCUUAUACAUUGGUACAUAAUGACUAGCCCAUUUACUGAUGUCACCAUACGCAAAUUUUUUGAGUCUCACAAAUAUUUUGGUCUUGAAGCUGAUCAAGUCACCUUCUUUCAACAGGGAACCAUACCUUGUGUAUCAAAAGAUGGUAGAUUUGUUAUGGAGACCCCAUAUCAAGUCGCAAAGGCUCCAGAUGGAAAUGGAGGAGUUUAUUCAGCUUUGAAAUAUUCGAGACUAUUGGAAGAUAUGGCCACAAGAGGGGUUAGAUAUUUGGAUUGCUACGGAGUUGAUAAUGCAUUAGUCCGUGUUGCUGAUCCAACCUUUUUGGGUUAUUUUAUUGACAAAGGUGUAGCUACUGCUGCAAAGGUGGUUCGCAAGGCAUAUCCACAGGAGAAGGUUGGGGUUUUUGUACGGCAGGGAAAAGGUGGCCCUCUUUCUGUUGUUGAAUACAGUGAAUUGGAUCCAUCGCUUGCUAGUACAAUAAAUCAGCAAACGGGUCGUCUUCGCUAUUGUUGGAGUAACGUGUGCUUGCAUAUGUUUACUUUGGAUUUUCUAAACCAAGUAGCAAAUAGUCUUGAGAAAGACAGCAUUUACCAUCUCGCAGAGAAGAAAAUCCCUUCAGUACACGGGCAAGCAGUGGGAUACAAGCUAGAGCAGUUUAUUUUUGACGCAAUUCCGUAUUCACCUUCCACGGCCCUCUUUGAGGUAGUGCGAGAUGAAGAGUUUGCUCCAGUGAAGAAUGCCAAUGGAUCAAACUUCGACACUCCAGACAGUGCUAGGCUACUGGUUCUCCGCCUUCACACUCGUUGGGUGGUUGCCGCAGGCGGCUUUCUAACACAUUCGGUCCCCCUAUAUGCCACAGGGGUCGAGGUUUCGCCAGUUUGUUCUUAUGCUGGAGAGAACCUAGAACCAAUCUGCCGCGGCAGAACGUUUCAUGCACCCUGCGAGAUCACAUUCUAGUUCUAGUUAAAAAGAGUUUUUUGCUCAACGGAUCUUCACUGCUUUGUUUGAACUGGUAUGCUUUGAGGCAUGUAAAUUUUUUCAUAAACUGGGAUGCUGUAUUUUAAUUGCUCAGGUAUUUCACUUACUUUCAGCUUCAGAGGACUACAAAAGUUCUAAAUCUUUACAUAUUAUAAAGCCCAUUGCGCCCUUUUUACUUA